GCUGUGGACGCGGCGCUGGGAAUAGCUCCCCUCCCGUCGGCUGAGACAAGCCCCAGUGCCGCUGCUCGAGAUGUCGGCUCCCGGGCGCUCCCCGACGCUGCGGCCGCACAGGAUGAAGAAGGACGAGUCCUUCCUGGGCAAGCUGGGCGGCACUCUGGCCAGGAAAAAGAAAGCCAAGGAGGUGAGUGACCUGCAGGAAGAGGGGAAAAAUGCCAUCAAUGCCCCAAUGUCUCCUAGCACCAUUGACAUUCAUCCUGAAGAUACUCUAUUAGAGGAAAAUGAGGAACGCACUAUGAUCGACCCCAACUCCAAAGAAGAUCCCAAGUUCAAGGAGCUGAUCAAGGUUCUAAUUGACUGGAUUAAUGAUGUCUUGGUGGAAGAGCGAAUCAUUGUCAAGCAACUUGAAGAGGACCUCUAUGAUGGACAGGUGCUGCAGAAGCUCUUGGAAAAGCUAGCUGACCGCAAGUUGAAUGUGGCAGAGGUGACACAGUCAGAAAUUGGCCAAAAACAGAAGCUUCAGACUGUUCUGGAGGCUGUCCAUGAUUUACUCCGACCCCACGGCUGGACGAUCAAGUGGAAUGUCGACUUGAUCCAUGGGAAGAAUCUCAUUUCCAUCCUCCACCUACUGGUAGCAUUGGCCAUGCACUUCCGGGCACCCAUUCGACUCCCUGAGCAUGUUUCUGUGCAAGUGGUGGUUGUAAGGAAACGGGAAGGCCUUCUCCAGACAGCUCAUGUUACAGAGGAGCUGACAACCACAACAGAGAUGAUGAUGGGAAGAUUUGAGCGAGACGCCUUUGACACUUUGUUUGAUCAUGCUCCGGACAAACUCAAUGUAGUGAAAAAGUCUCUGAUCACCUUUGUGAACAAACACCUAAAUAAGCUGAAUUUGGAAGUGACAGAAUUAGAAACACAGUUUGCAGAUGGUGUUUAUUUGGUAUUGCUUAUGGGCCUCCUGGAAGACUAUUUUGUUCCACUCCACAACUUCUAUUUAACGCCUGAAAAUUUUGAUCAGAAGGGAGCUUUCAUAUGGGAACAUAGUGCAUGCUGGCAUAUUGAAUUGGAGCAGGAGCUUGCUGCAGCAUGGAAUGACACAUUAGUAAAGGUCCAUAAUGUUUCCUUUGCUUUUGAGCUGAUGCAAGAUGGAGGACUCAAGAAACCAAAAGCUCGACCUGAAGAUGUUGUCAAUCUGGAUCUGAAAUCUACCCUAAGGGUUUUAUACAACCUGUUCACAAAAUACAAGAAUGUGGAGUGAGGCCAGAAGCUGCCAAGAUGCUAACCCUCCUAACUUCCUGAGGAGAAAAAAAGAAUAAGAACACCUCCCACGCCCCUCUGUGCCUUACACUAUGUUUCAUGCUGCAUGAUGGAAGCUCCUUCUUUUGUUAUCAGUCUCUCCAUGUAACUCCUUGCAUGACAAGCAUACUGAAAAUAUUGUUUGUGGUUUUUUAGGUGGUUUGCUUAUGAAAUAUCAGAAUUUUUACAUCCUUGCUUUGAGAUGCUGUUGGCUCUAUUGUUUGCUAUGAUCAACUCCUGUUCUUGUUUUGAUAAAGUACUGGCUACUUUGAUAGGCAGGGAAUACUUGAAACUCUUUUGAUGGGUCAGUGCCAUAGUGUACCUUCUUAUGAAACCUGCUUGGUUAUUGCACUGGUGUCAACAGGCUGACUAGGCUUGAGUGUUAGAAAUACAAAAGCAGGCCCUUGCAUUCUAAUUUGUGUAGAAAUUGCAUUUUUCCUAAAAUAAGGAAGGUUUGUGUAUGCUAUAGCAUGUAUUUGUUUUCAAGGACAUGUUUGAAAGGGUGCAUAAGAAUCUGGCAUUUCUCUACCCUUUGUGUGUGAACCUCCUGCUAUGCAGUAUUAUUUUUCACUUGAUGUUUACACACAGUGAGCCUAGAAAUGGGAUGACUGUUUGCUUUGAUGCCUUUUUCCCUCUUCUCUUUUUGUAUAGAGGAGCUGUUUGUUUGCUUAGAGCUGGAGCCAGUCCUUAAACAUGCUUUCUGGAUGAGUGCAGGGAAGAGCUGGUCAAGUUUGGCUAGACUGGAUGAAUGCAUCUUGAUAUACUUUUAUUAUAAAUCUUUUUCUAGAAUAUAUAGGGGCAAUAACAGCUUGAGAGCUUCAAGGCUGAUACUUAUUUACAUAUGGAAAAGUUUUAAGGGCCUCAUCCUGCUCCCAUUGAAGUCCAUGGCAGCUAUACAAUUACAGGGCCCAAAGGCUUUGAACAGAUCUACAGUACUAAUCUUAAAAAUAAAAUGGAUCAAGGUCACUUUUCAAUAAGGCCUUCCUUUUUCCUUCCUGAGUAAUACCAGACUACUUGAAAGAGUGUACAUUAGUAUUUAAAUGCAGCCUUUCACUGAAUUUGAAACAGUUUAGAGAUGAGAUCAUUGGACUGAAAAUGACAUAUGUUUCCUUUCAGUCCUGGUGUGAUUGGAUGGGUUCAUUCAGUCAUGCAGUGCUACCCCUGAAGACACUCUGCUGCUGUUACAAGCUCUGGGCCCAGUCCUUGAUCAAAAGUCACAUUGACAUCAACAGGAAUUUGGCUUGGGUAAUGACUGCUAGAUUUGAUCCUAAAGAAUAUCUCUGUCCUUUCCCAGGAUACCUUGUAUUAGGUGGAUCUUCCCUGAUUAUACACCCAUAGAUCUGUUUCUAACAGUGUGUAAGAUGUAGCUUAACAAAGGUUAUGCUAUAUGAUUUGUGUGAGUGGUGUUUGGGAAGAGCAAUUAAAAGGAAAUUGGGUUAUUGCACCAAAGUAGGUUACCUGUGGGUUACCUAUUUUAUAGCAUUUUUUCCUCACAGUACCUAGAAGAAUGAUGAACUACCAUUCGAACCACCAACGAACCAUUGCUUUAUAUUUAUCCCAUUAGUCAUGCUUUAUGGGCUGCUACGUUUUCUGUAAAAUAUUUAACAGAAUAGCCUGUAAAGGAAAAAGAAAGUGUUGUGGGACUCUGGGGGCCCAAUUCUGUACAGUCGUCAAGAGGCUUACCUCUCACAGAUGGAAACGAAAAUCUGUGCUUUCACCAGUGCUAAACUUAGCCUUCAGAGUUCAAGCCCAAGCUUGAGAUACAUGUGUGUCCCUUACUAUGCUAUUUGAACUGUGGUGUAAUGGUACUAUAGAGAUGGUCUUCUACAUGUUUUUAGGGUUUUUUGUGCUUUUUUUUUGGUAUCUCAACUGAGUUCUUUAAAGUAGGGGUCAGUAAUGUGUUGGAGCUGGGAAUCUCUUUAAUACCACUUAUCUCCAGCUGUGGGUUGCUUCAACACCACUUAUCUCCAGCUGUGGGUUGCUUCCAACAAGUCCUGUACUACUACAGACACCACUGGUGCCAUCACUGCUUGUCCUACCCCCUGGCCACUAUGUGGGUCAAACUUACACCAAAACAUCACAAAUGGCCCCUAACUCUGUGGUUCAGAUAAAAUUAGUCCACUGCUGGCCACAGCUUUAUACUGUGAGAAGGGAAGGCAAAAUAAGCUUGUGGCCUUUUUUUUUUGCUGCUUGGUGAUGGAUUAAAAAUAGUCAUUUAUUUCUCUAAGAAAUUCAAGUCAUGUCUGCCCUGGAAAGUUCUAGGUGACUGAAGAACUAUCAUUUGUAUUUGUUUUAGAGGACAUAUAAUCCUUUAAUAGAUUUUUAUGCAGUGCCUAGGGCAGUAAGGCCCCGGUUUUAAUUGGGAUCUUUAUAUGCUCUCAUAGGACAAGUCAUAGUAAUUUCAAAGGGGAUUUUAAAAGGGCUAGCAAUAAGUUAGGCCCCACAACACUAGAAGUUGAGCAUCUCUGCUUUUAAAAAGCUGAUCCCUAUGAUAUGACAGAGUGAAAGCUGAUCAUCUGAGGGGAGGCGAUUGUUAGAGUCCUUCAGCUUUUUGUUUGGUAUUCUAUAGCUAACUCCAGUGCCUAGUAAAUCCUUGGGAAAUAGGCAGUUGGUGAAAGAUUAAUCAUACCCUCUUUUUCAAGAUCAAUCAUACCUUCUGUCCUUUUCAGGUGAGUGAGAGCGCCAAAGUUGUAUGUUUUCUGAGAUGUUCAAGAAGUCCUUUCUAAAACAUGUUAAUACAACAAGCAAUGGGCAUGAUUGAGGUCCUUGGGAGGAGGGGGAGACCAGGAAUGAAUAAGAGUAAGGAUGGACUGACUUCAUUAUAAAGAAAGGGAAUGACCUUCCUCAUAAAGAAGGAAUGUGGGGCACAAUAUCCAAUUACUAUAGGUCAGCUUUAAAAGAGGGGCAGCGAACUUUGUCCAAUAACUUGCAAUGCUGGCCGCUUGCUACGAGCAUGAGGGCAUGCAGUCCUUUUAUCAAUACCUCUGUGAGUCCAGGUUAGGACCCUUAGCUUGUAUGCCAUGUCUGGUUGAGGCAGAUGGCACAUCCUGUGGAAUUUUUAAAUUUUUAUGCAAAUGAAUAUUGCUUGGGGAAAAAUUCUGUGCUGGCUACCUACACCUUUUUACCCUCUGGCUUUCUAACCAGCUGAGAAUCUUCUUGCAGAUACUGUUGCUAGCCAGCAUGGUAGAUGGAAUGCUUUUAGCCUAAGCAGAGCUCCCCCCAAAGCAAGCCAUUUUAAAACAGGAUCUAACUCCACUUUAGAACAGGUAUAUAUAAUACUCCCCCCAACUAGUAGUUAUUUCAUACUUAUGUAUCACAUAUAUAACAUAUGAGUUAUAAUGAGCAAAUAUGUUUUGGUUUUAAAGCUUAAAGAUACUGACACCUUCUUCUUCCCUCUCAAUUGUGUGUUAAAGAAUAUUACGGCUAGUAUUUAAUUUGUGCUAUUGGAUUUCUGUAAUUCUGUCAGAGUAAAGUUGGAUAGGAAAGGCAAUGUAUGUUGCAGCAUUCCAGACUGACACACACACAACAUUCAAACUUCCACACUCUUACAUGCUCAAUGAAAUGCCCACUUUUACAGUGCAUAUAAUGUGCCUCUAAGGGCAUUUUACAUAUGUAAGUGCUGCACCACCAGGUACUUUGAAAAGCGCCUGGUGCUGUGACGCUUGCAGCUGUAUAAGCAGUGAAAUGCAUGUCAGCGCUGAGAAAAUGGUGGUAGCAUGCUUUUGAACUAAAACAACUUGGAGGUGCUUUGGUUCAAAAAUGCACCGCCACCAUUUUCUGUGCACUGAUGCGCAUUGUGCCGCUUAUACAACUGCACACUGCACAGUCCAGUGUGCGUCAGCUUGUGCGCAGAACAGAUUUGAUUAAUUGAGUCUGCUUAGAAGUGGCGGAUCUCUGGCACAUCCCCAAACAAAAAAGUAUGUGUAUAAAUGCCCUAAAAUUCUAUCCAGAAAAACCUAUUACACUGGUUGUGUUACAGCUGGCUUGGUAGUUAAGAAGGUGUUUGACUACUCACAGCUGUGUCAGCACA